GGUGAGCUGGAGUGCCAUCCAGUCAGGCGACCCGACGCGCGGGAAGGUGGGAGGACGGCAGGGCAAAAAAAAUCGCAGGGUGCCCUCGUGCAUCUGACUGCGGAGAGCCGUGGAAGUCCGCUUCGUGGAGCUCUUGUUCCCGAGCCGGGGGUCUGAGCGAGGCUCUUUGUCAGGCGGAGGGAAGACGAGGUGGUGGCGGCAGCCGGCACUUCCGCGCCGGCGCCAUGUGAUCCUCCACGCGGAUGGAAAAGGCAAGGUUACAAUGAAUGUGGAACAUGAAAUCAACCUGUUAGUUGAAGAAAUUCGACGGCUGGGGACCAAAAAUCCUGAUGGGACAUUGAGUGUGAAGUUUGGAGUGCUGUUUGCGGAUGAGAAAUGUGCCAACCUUUUUGAGGCUUUAAUGGGAACCCUGAAAGCUGCAAAACGACGAAAGAUAGUUAGUUAUCCUGGAGAACUGCUUUUGCAAGGAGUUCAUGACAAUGUUGAUAUCUUGUUAUUGCAGGAUUAGUUACUUUCCUAGCAAAUGGCAUUUUCAUUAGGUAUCUAUAUGUAACUCAGAUCAAGAUGCAUUUGAUUGAAAGUAUAUCUUCCUAUUUAUCUUUAUAGAAUUAUAUAUAAAAAUUCUUUGAAGGCAUUUUAAAAAAUUAUUUUCUGGAACCUUGCUACAUACUUUGUUAGGCCUUUUGGGGGGAGAUUUGGGAAUUACAUUCUCACAUGUCUAAAAUGUUGUUAAACUUUGAGAAUUCUUUACAAAUUAGCAAUAUUAACAACCUAAACCCUGCUACAAACUUCCAAAGAGGAUUAUGGGGAUUCUGUGAUUUCUCUGCAAGAAUCAAAAUUAUUCUGGCCAAAUGAAGCUUUCAAGCUGGUAGUUUCAUAUGAAACUGAAUAUUUGAUAUGGUCUUUUUAUGCAAUGUUUGAAACAUAGGUUUUUCAUGUGACACUUUCUGAACUGUGAUACUUCAGAGGAACUGUGGAAAGUUAUAAAAGCAAUGGAAAGCAGAGAAAUUCUCUUGCAUUUUUUUAGUGUAUUCUCAUUAAUGAAGGAGAGAAUGUUAUGGAAAUCAUUUCAAAGAAGAAAAUAAUGUAAGAUAAAUGUGUCAUUAGUGUGUUAAUUUUCACUUAGUUGGUUAUAAAGUGACCAAGACAAAGUGUUUUGUUUUUUAUUAUUAUAAUAAUUUCUCCAUCAAUCAGAAAAUCAGUCAUGAAUUCUGAGGAAAUACUCGAAAGGAUAUUUGGAUAUUUUCUUUGGCAGCAUUUCAUUGCUAAAUAGGUGUACUGGUAUUGAGAAAUUGUCCAUCCAGCUUUGCUUCCUAAAAAUAUUUGAGAAUAUCAAAAGACCAUUUGUGUCUAACUCAUAUAUUCCUUUUCUCAGGGUGAAGUUAGAAAGAGAUGUGGGAGGAAAACCAUCCUAUUCCUCAGAUUCCAGUUUCUUUAUAAGGUUCAUUACUUGAUGCUGCUGCCCUUCUGGGGAAUGGGUAUACCUUAAACAAACUCUAUAGAUCACCUGAGAAAGCACUAAGUAUUAUCCAAACUGCUGUUAAGGCAAGUUCAUUCCUUUUCCAAUUGGUCUGUUUGAGAAAGAAGUGGAAUAGCAUGUGGGAAAUGCUCAUAAGGCCCCUCUCUGGCAAGCAUCUCUUGAACACUUGAAAACGAAUAUGACAUAAAACAAGAACAAGAAAAUUGCCUCAUAGAGGACAUGAACAUGUGAAGUUGGUAGAAUCGUACAAUACCAUCUCACAGAGGUGCAUUCUUUUAGUUUUUCACAAGAUGAUUGAAGUGCACUUCUUAUUGCUAUAAUUCAUGUAGGAAAUUAGAAAAUCACCAAUUCUUUCUCCUCUCUCCUCCUACCCAAAUACUUGAGAAUUAAAGACUGUCUAAAUGGCAACAAUGGUGUCAUAAUACAUUUUGUCUUUUAGCCCUUCUUCUAUGCAUUCUGUUCUAUUCUUUGCAUGAUCCUUUUGUGUCUAAUUGAUUUAGUGCCUAGCUGGUCUUCCUUAGAAAUCCCUAAAGGGCUUCAAAGUAAAAUACUUCAUCAAUAAAUAAAAAUCUAGGUUUUUUUUUUAACCAUUUCAUUCUGUGAAAAAAUGCCUUUAAUUAAAUAAACAUUUCAUGUACACCAGGAAAAUUUGGUCUCAAAAAUAAAUAUUUUUGGUAUUUACAAUAAAACAUUUCCAAUUCUCGCCA